AGCCGUUUUCUGGCACAGGCCUUGGCCGCCGCACCCUCUCGGGCCUCUCUCCCGGCUGCUCCCGGCCCUGCCGCCAUGGUGGCUCGGGCGGUGCUCCCGGUGCUCCUCCUCGUGCUCGCGGGCCACGGCCGUGCCGCCGCGGACGAGGCCUCGACCACGGACGAGGAUCGCCGCCUGGAGGCUACCAGCACCGCGGACGUGGAAGACGGUAAAGACAUUGUGACCACCAUCGGGGGCACCGGCACGAUUAAGAUAGCCGGCUCGUACGUAGCGGACGAAGUCCUUCCGUCGGGCGUUACUUCCGACGACCUUAUGGCGUCCGCCGUCUACGUUGACGCCAAAGCGGCAGGGUUGGCUGGUGCUCUGAAUGUGGCUGUUUACCAGGUUGAGAUUAUGGGUUUUAUCGUUAAUCUCGUGGCACGCCGGCUCACUGCCGCCAGCACAGUUAGUAUUACGACUCUGUUCUCGAUCACGGUUGAUGAGAGUGCUGGCGAGGCCUUUAUCACAUUAAUUGAAGGAGCUGCAGACGAGAUCGUCACCUAUACAAACAAUGCUAUGGCUGCUGCUGAUUGGAGUAGUGAAACGGUGAUCACCAGCGCUCCUACGCUUGCGAACAUCGUUGUUCGGACGGCGUCCUCCUGGAUUCUGCACCGAAUGACAUAUUGCCCAGAGUGGAGUUCGGGCGGCGUUUACUCAUCCGUGGCUGAAGCACAGGCUGCCUGCAGUUCUGACGAUUGUUUUGGUGUGUAUGACAAGGGCUGCGAUGGAGGAACAGAUGACGUGUUUCUGUGCAGUUCGGAUCACAUCGCAACGCCUAACGACCUCCAAAAAUCAUGGACAAGUUGUGUGUAUUCGAAGGCGGGAGCCGAAUAUGACGCGAGCGCAGCAACGUCGUCGUGGGCGUGGAGUGGAGCUGCGUUGAUAACCGCUGUCGCUUGCAUGGCUGCUUGAGCGGUGCCCCGUCCUCGCCCCUUGCUACUCCCGCUUCCCUGCCUCCUCCUCCAUCAUCGCCCCCAUCUCCCUGGCGCUUGCACAGCCUGGUCCUGCAGGACCAAAUGGAACUGAGCCACCAUCCCUUGCUACAGACAUCUGUGUGUUACACUUUUCGCUCGAUUGGCUCAUCGCAGCAGCUCAUCUGCCGCUCCGUGAAUACAGUUUCAGAGAGGGAGAGAGAGAGAGAGAGAGAGAGAAAGAGAGAGAGAGAGAGAGAGCGUUGCAAUUGUGGGCCAAAGACGCUGUGAUAUAGCGCGAUCCAGCCUUAUAUAAUCUUAUCUAGGGAGCCACUUUCGAACCCUACCCCUGCAGGCCAGAUUUCUGAAGAAGUUCGGGGUGUCUGAUGCCGCAGCGUUUAUCGGGCCCGCAGGGGCAGGGGUUCGUAAAUGGUCGGCGACUUUCGCAGCGCUCUGACGAGUCCGCUGACCGCACUGAGGGUACCUUCGUAGAAAUCACACACGCCAGUCGUUGAGAAUAGGUAUUCGUGGAUUCCCAGAUCCCCAUCUACUUCAGGCGCCUUCCUGCUUCAAGGAUCGAAUGGUU